AUGAACAAAACUCCAAUUUUACUUGGUUCACUUAUUUCAAAAAUUAGUCCUAGCCUUGUUCGUUGUGUAUCAACCGCAGGUGGAUCAACAGGUUCGUCAAAAAAGGUCGCUGUUUUAGGUGCUGGCGGUGGCAUUGGACAACCACUUUCAUUAUUACUUAAAUUAAGUCCAUUGAUUAGUGAUUUAUCACUUUAUGAUAUUCAACAUACAAAAGGUGUUGGUGCCGAUCUUAGUCAUAUUGAAACACGUACUAAGGUGAGAGCUUAUGUUGGUAAAAAUGAAUUACCUGAUGCACUCAAAGGCAUGGAUCUUGUUGUUAUUCCAGCUGGUGUACCACGAAAACCAGGCAUGACACGUGAUGAUUUAUUUAAUACAAAUGCAACAAUUGUUGCUGAUCUUGUUUCUGCUUGUGCUAAAAAUUGUCCACGAGCUAUAAUUGCUAUUAUUGCAAAUCCAGUUAAUUCAACAGUUGUUAUUGCAUCGGAAAUAAUGAAAGAAAAUAAUGUUUAUGAUGAAAAAAAAGUUAUUGGUGUUACAACAUUAGAUGUUGUUCGUGCUGCAACAUUUGUUGCUGAAGCUAAAGGUCUUGAUCCAACAAAAGUUAAUGUUCCAGUUAUUGGUGGUCAUUCAGGAAAUACAAUAAUUCCAUUACUUUCACAAACAUCACCACCUGUUUCAUUUUCUCAACAAGAAUUAGACAGUUUAACAACACGUAUUCAAAAUGCUGGAACAGAAGUUGUUGAAGCUAAAGCUGGAGCUGGUAGUGCAACAUUAUCAAUGGCACAUGCUGGUGCAAGAUUUUCAUUUGCUGUUCUUGAAGCUUUAAGUGGUAAAGAAGGUGUUGUUGAAUGUGGUUAUAUAGCAUCACGAGAAACAGAAUUUAGUUAUUUUGCUACACCACUUCUUUUUGGCAAAUUAAUUGAAAAAGCCAAGAAAGAACUUAAUGCAAAUAUUCAAAGUGGUCUUACAUUUGCUAAACAAUAUUUAUCAAAAGCUAAAUGA